AUGCCUCCACCUCCCCCUCCCCCUCCGCCGCCGCCGCCGAUGCCUGGGAAGGCUGCCGGGCCUCCCAAGGGUGGUCCUCCAAGGACUGCUCUCCUUUCAGAUAUCUCCAAGGGUACAAAGCUCAAAAAAACCGUUACAAAUGACAGAUCUGCACCUCUUAUUGGAAAGACAUCCGGAGGCUCAGGAGGCCCUCCUGUUGCUGGUGCCCCGCCGGUUCCGGGAAUGGCGCCUAAACCACCAGGCGGACUUGCUCCCCCUGUCCCCGGAGGCGCUGCGAACAGACUGAGAAGCAACAGUGCUGGGAAUGAACGGUCCGGAGGUGACGAUGGUGCUCCAUCUGCGCCGCAGCUAGGCGGUUUGUUCGCGGGCGGAAUGCCUAAGCUUAAGAAGCGCGGUGGCAUAGAUACUGGUGCCUCUUCGAAUGCAUCGUAUCUGUCGGACUCCGAAGCACAGAGUAGCUCGAGGACACCACCUCCUUCAGGAGCCGCGCCUAAACCUCCAAUACCAUCGAACAAAGCACCUACUUUUCGUCCAUCUCCUCCGCCAUCUACAGAAGCCACGUCUACACCCCCCGUUAAUCCACUGGUAGCCAAUCUCCGAAAACCACCACCCCGGCCGGCUCCAAGACCAUCAUCCUCAAUCUCAACACACUCAACUAAGCCAGAUGUACCUCCGCCGCGCGCACCACCUCCAGUGCCAGGAUCGAGCAGGCCACCACCGCCUCCUCCCGCUCCUCCCGCCUCGAGAAAGGUCUCUGCGCCUGCCGCUCCUCCUCCCCCUCCUCCAUCAACAUCUCCCGCUCCUCCGCCACCUAUAGCACCACCACCUCCGCCAUCAGCAGCGCCCAGGCCACCUCCAGUACCUCCUCCAGGCCCUUCAGGCGCGAACGGGCCACAAGCAUCGUCGAUAGCAAUGCAGGCUGCGCGCAAUGCAUACGGGUCCCCGGCAGCGCCGCCUCCGCCUCCUCCACCAUCAGCUCCUGCGGCUCAACCACCACCUCCACCAACUUCACCUCCUUCAUCAGCACGAACAUCCUCCCUCGUAUCAACGCCACUCUCUUCUCGCCCGUCCUCUUUUUCAGAUAAUCAACACACCGCGCCACAUCAUCAACCUCCCGUACGCUCUAUGCUUGACCCAAGCACUUAUACCCUCACUAACGGUGGCUCUCAUCGACCCGGUGCUCAAAAGGGCUCGUCCCACGGGCCGGCAGAGGUAGCAGCGUACCCUUAG